ACAGAGUUCGACCAAUUGCCGAGCAAAGACACGUCGCCAUGGCCGAGCUGCGAGACGGAAGCGCUGGCUGUGCAUGAGAGAUUGCAAGAUGCAAUGGGAUAGAUGGCCUCUUGUACGUUCUCGCGGGUUGUUUGAUAUCGCGUUGUGUGGCGGAUAUUCUCAAAGUUUUACCUUAUCGUCGCCACCUCAAAAGAAUCGGCCAACUACGAUUUCGAGUUCUAGUGUGUAUUAUGUCCCCAGUUGAGAUGGAUUGUGCCAACAGGGACACCCGUGCACCUCGUCCUGCGCGUGGUCGCUUCGAAGAGGAAUUCCAAUGUACCCUCGGUCAAUUCCAAACGAGUAAACCAAGUUCCCAAGUACACUUGUCAAAGCCAAACCCAUUUUUAAAUAUUUUAAAAUAGAGUAGGAGAGAAUUCGACUUGUUUCUAUUACUCCGAAAAUAUUUCAAACGAAUAAAAAAUUCCUUCAACUUCCGCAUCCCGUAACAUCUCGCCUGAUUUCGACACCAUUCAUCAAGAAGAUGCGCAGGUUCUUCUCGUCGACUGCUGUCGGUGCGUCUCGGCAAUCCCGCCUCGAAGCAUUGCGUGCCCAGCUGGCGGAAGAAGCUGCCAAGGUCCGUGAACCCAUCGUCUCGUGGGGAGACAAUGUUCUUCGUGCGGAAGACCUUGCAUCCCCCGUGAAGCCUUCACGUCGACCUAGCGCGUCGAACCGCAAGCCCGACUGGCUCAAGGCGCAACCCACGACUGGAGAAAACUACAUUCGUCUGCGCGAUACAGUCCGCUCGCUGAAGUUGGCGACAGUGUGCGAAGAAGCCCGUUGUCCCAACAUUGGAGAAUGCUGGGGAGGUGGGAAGAACGGGACUGCCACUGCGACAAUUAUGCUCAUGGGUGACACGUGCACCCGCGGGUGCAGUUUUUGCGCCGUGAAGACAAGCCGCCGUCCUCCUCCGCUGGACCCCAACGAGCCUGCAAACGUGUCGAAGGCGAUUGCGCAAUGGGGUCUCGACUACAUCGUGUUUACUAGUGUCGAUCGCGACGAUUUGCCUGACGCUGGCGCCGAACACUUUGCCUCCACCGUGCGUCAUUUGCGAGCGGCCCUCCCGGAGAUUCUGAUCGAAUGCCUGACGCCCGACUUUUCCGGCCGCGUCGACCUCGUCGAAACGGUGGCCCGUUCUGGUUUGGACGUGUUUGCGCACAACAUCGAGACGGUCGAGCGACUGCAGCGCCGCGUGCGCGAUUACCGCGCCAAUUACCGCCAAUCCCUCCAUGUGCUCGAGCUUGCGAAGGCUGCCCAGCCGUCGUUGAUUACCAAGACGUCCAUUAUGCUAGGUGUCGGCGAAUCCCCCGAGGACAUCAUGCAGACGCUCAAGGACCUCCGCACGUCGGGCGUGGAUGUUGUGACGUUCGGCCAGUAUCUCCGUCCCUCGACCAAGCACAUGCCGGUCGCCGCGUAUAUCACGCCCGAAGCGUUUGCGGAAUGGCAAAAGGUCGCCGAGAGCAUGGGGUUUCUGUAUGUAGCGUCUGGCCCGAUGGUGCGGUCGAGCUACAAGGCCGGCGAGUACUUUCUCACGAACCUCCUUCGCGGCAAGAAGCAGCACGCAUGAGCCCAUGGACGCCGCCGCUUCUGUGCACGCCGUCACUUAGAGUUAUGUAUAUGUCCCCAUGUCGCAAGUAUUCUUCCGCGGAUAUAUAAUUCUUCGCUACAUCGCGCGCAUAAUGUACUUGUACUGGUUCA